CUUACCGGAUGUAGAUGUAGAAAGGUUGGCCAAAAAUGCACACGUACAGCGUACCCGUUGUUAAGCACGAUAUGCGCCAUGAGGAAACUAUCCUCGACGCAAUCAACGCUUUCGAAUAUUUAAAUCAGGUCAUUAACGAUGUGUUCGGGAAAAUCAAUGGCCGCAUCGAGCGUAACCGAAUACGCCUGGAAGGGAUCGAUGCGCGGAUCGAGAAGGCCAGUGCCGAUGUGCGUCGAUUGCACGAUUCAAAGGAAGCAAUCAUUAUUUACUCACCCGCUCGGUACCCGGCCAGCGAUAUGGACCCGGUGGUGGAACCUACGUUUACCCCGUCCAACGGUAUCCCGAUGGAAGAGUGUGGCUUCCGGCUCAAGGAUAAACCCUAUCUACCAACGCACUCGCUGGAGGAAAAGAUACAGUUCUAUCACCUGACGUCGGCCCGCGAAAGCGAUCGAAUUUUCUCCUUCGAUCGUACAAUUAAUCCGCGGACGGAGGAGCACCUGCUGGGCGGCGGCCAGCAGCGGACGGCGUACCUGGACGAGUUGUUGCUGUUCGAUGAAGCGUCUUACGUGCGGGAGUAUAGGGAAGGGAAGGAUGGGAAGCGUGCCACAAGGAAGGACUCCACGGUGCACGGUAGCGUGAUACGCGAGGAGAAGAUUAUCUCCUCUUCGUCCCCCAUUAUCCGCAGUAAGAUGAAGCGAAAAAAUCAGGAUCUCUUCUACACCCCCUCACUGAGCGAUGCACCCAAGCUGGACGUUCCGGUCGAUUUGCCCGACUUGCCGGGAAUCGUGAGCAACAUUAGCUACGUUGGCAGCAGCACCCUCAUUGCCCCGUCGCUUCAGUUGGCCGGAAUAAUCGAGCAGCUGCCAUCGUUGGAAGAUCUGAGCAGCGCGAUCGAUGUGGCGGACCAUUCCAAGGAAACUAAGGAAGAGCAACUCUCCACCGGUCCCGCGCCUCCACCUACCGCUUACCCGAGCGGUGCGGGUGAAAGGUCGACCAUAAGCACUCCGAUCGUAGCUCCACCGCCACCACCACCACCGCCACCCCCUCCGCCUCCUCCACCACCAACAGUCUUGAGCGAUAGCGGAGCCAACGCGAAGCAGCCUUCGAACACGGUCUCCUCGACCACCGCAAGUAGUGACAAACGUACUGCACCUGCGCCUCCCUCACUAGGGGACGCACAUUGCAACCUGAUGGAAGCAAUCCGUCGAGCGGGCGGCGCUGAAAAGGCCAAACUGCGUCACAAUGAAUCGGCCACCGCCCGCAGCACCAAUGCAUCCGGCGAGCCAAAGUCUCUCAUCGAUGAUCUGCACAACAAGCUGCAGAUGCGCCGUAAAGGAAUAUCCGGGGCGCGCGAUGCUGCGGAACCGACCCCCAACGUAAUCGAUCGGCUGUCCGCACUGAUUCCACCCCCACCGGCCAAGCUCCCGACCGCAGCGGCCUCGGGCAGCGAAAGCAACGAAGAAGAAGACUGGGAGUAAAGUGGCUAGGCCCCGCUCUGGGUGAUGCCUGUCUUGUUUCGUUUUUAUAUUAUUACAAUCUUACAAUCGUAGCUUUUCUAUGGAUGAAUCUGUUACAAACCACGUGCGCUGCGCCACACGGAAUGGAUGGUCCGAUGGUGCGCGGGCUCUAUUGUUAAUAAAAGGAAAAACUUCU